AUGGAAAAUGAGACUUAUAAUGACAAUACAACGUUUGAGGCGUCCGUGUUGUUGAAUCGAAGCAACGAAGUGGAUCCCAAGUUGAUGGAAAGAUACUUAACGAACAAAGGAAUCGACGAGCCUGCUUACACUACCUUAAUUAUCAUGUAUUGCUUUUUGAUCAUAUUAGGAGCUUUAGGAAAUACAUUAGUGAUAAUAUCAGUGGUGAGGAAGCCAGCCAUGCGAACACCAAGGAACAUGUUCAUAGUUAACCUGGCAGUUGCUGAUUUACUGCUCUGUACCGUUACAAUGCCACUCACCCUCAUGGAAAUCCUCACAAAGUACUUCCCGCUAGGAAACAAUCUGUUUAUAUGUAAACUAAUAGGCAUUCUACAGGCGACGAGCACCUACGUCUCUACCAUCUCUAUUACUGCCAUUGCCUUAGACAGAUAUCAAGUAAUCGUGUAUCCAACAAAAGAAAGUCUGCAGCUGUUCGGAGCUGCCCUAAUUUUACUGCUAAUUUGGGUGUUCGCCUUAAUCUUGGCAAUGCCUCUCUUCAUUGUGAGACAUCUGGUUCACCACACGAUAAAAUUGGGAACCGAUUUAAAUAUUAACUUCUGCAUCGAGAAUUGGCCCAUCGAACAUGGAAGGGCGUAUUAUUCCAUAUUCUCGCUGAUUUUUCAGUACACCUUACCCAUCAUAAUUGUUUCUGCUGCAUAUGUUAGGAUAUCCUACAAGCUAAGAUAUCGGUUUGCAGCGGGUUUCGUGAGCAGCGACGAAUCCACCCAAAAAAAUAGGCGCCAACUUCGUGGUCGACGUCUCCAGAGGACAAACCUCCUUCUGGGAUCAAUAGCUAUUAUUUUUUGUAUCAGCUGGCUGCCACUUAACGUGUUCAACUUAAUAGCGGACCUUUCAACUAGUCAGUCAUUUACGUCCCAACCCAUGAUGGUGUGCUACGCUAUUUGUCACAUGAUGGGGAUGUCAUCAGCUUGCUCUAACCCAAUCCUGUACGGCUGCCUCAACGAGAACUUCUGGAAGGAGUUCAAGGAUAUAUUAUGCAUCGAGUCACGUACCGCUGAGUCAAGAGGAGAAUCGCAAAAGCUGUCACUCAGGAAACAAUCUCAGAAGGCUCUGGGAAGAGAGAAACCAGAUUUAGUGACCGGUGCAACGGAUUAUCAACCUUGUAAUACUGUGAGCACAGACAUGACUGUUUUAACAAAAUGCUAG